GCUAAAAUGGCACUGGCCAGUUCAAUUUCUAGCAAAGCAGCACCACCACAUUCCAGAAAAGCUUCUGCAGCAGGAGUGGAAGUGCACCAGAGCAAGAUGGAUUUUUUCUGCAAGCUGGGCUAUUGUAAGCAGGACAUCUGCAAAGUGCUGGAGAACCUGGGCCAAGAGGCCCUGGAGGAUGAUGUGCUGAAGGAACUGAUUCGGAUGGGGAGCAAACCUCAGGCUCUGGAGGACCAGGCUCAGCCUUCCCAGCUGAAGCUGGUAGCCCGUGGAUCAUGCAGCACCUCACCAGGACUGAAGUGGCUUGGAGAAGAUGAAAGUGAUUCUUCCGACUCCCUGAGGCCCAUUGUGAUCGAUGGCAGCAAUGUCGCCAUGAGUCAUGGAAACAAGGAGGUGUUCUCCUGCUGGGGCAUCCAGCUGGUGGUGGAUUGGUUUCGAGAGAGGGGGCACACUUACAUCAAGGUUUUUGUCCCACUCUGGAGAAAGGAACCCCCUCGACAAGACAGCCCCAUUGCAGAUCAGCACAUCCUUGAGGAGCUGGAGAAGCAAUCCAUCCUGGUGUACACACCCUCCAGGAAGGUGAAGGGCAAGAGGGUGGUUUGCUACGACGAUCGCUACAUAGUGAAAGUCGCUUACGAGAGGGACGGAGUCAUUGUUUCCAAUGACCACUACCGGGACCUCCAGAAUGAAAACCCCGAGUGGAAAUGGUUCAUUGAGCAGCGACUACUCAUGUACUCCUUUGUCAGUAACAGGUUUAUGCCUCCCGACGAUCCAUUAGGCCGGCAUGGACCCACCUUAAGUAACUUCCUCAGCAAAAAGCCAGUGCUUCCUGAGAAAAAAUGGCAGCCUUGCCCUUAUGGUAAAAAAUGCACCUAUGGCAACAAAUGCAAAUUUUACCAUCCAGAGAGACAACAUCAAGCUCAGAUUUCGGUUGCUGAUGAGCUCAGGGCCAAAACAAAGGUCCCGUUAUCCCAGGGGAAGGAGGAGGAGAGGUGUCAGUGCUCCCCGUGCGACACCUGCACAGAAACUCUGCAGGAAGCCAGAGGCUGCUCGGCGUCCUCCUGCUGCCCAGGCCGGUCCCGGGGCAGCUGCUCGGGGCAGACAUUCCGUGCCUGGCUCAGCAGCGCGGGCUCUGACCUGCGGAGGGACCCGCGCCUGCCGCAGCCGGAGCCGCUGCUGCUGCAGAUGUCAGCGGUGUCCAUCCGUGAGGACACCUACGGCUGCAGCUGGUCCCGGUGCGCCUCUCGGGACAGGGGGGUCACGGAGAGCCCCCAGCCCUGCUCCGACCUGCUCUCGCUUCAUCCCGCUCGGGGCUUGGAGCGCCCCGGCUCUCCCGGGUGCCCUUUCCAGCGAGGAGCGCUCCCGGCCGUGCCCGGCGGGAUGCGCCCGGAGCGUGGCUGGGCUCAGGAGCGCCCAGGUGUGCAGGGAGCAGGACACAGGAGCCGCUCCUUCCCUCGCGGUGCUCAGCACGAACAGGCCCUGGAGAGCCAGCAGCCUCUUCUGCUGCAGUGCCCGGCUCUGUGCCCUGCCCCGCUGCCCCCGUACGGCGAGCCCCGGCCCCAUCGCCAGCCCCAGCAGCAGCGCCCUGUGCCCAGCCAGGCCCCCGGGCAGCCCUCGCAGCUGGAGGGCAGCAAUGGAACGGGAUUAUUCCAGAACGCCCAUGCCUACCCCAGUGCCUCUUACAGGGACUACUGGCACACCCCAGCUGCAAGGCCACCCUCUGCCCAGCAAAGAAACAUACACAGGGAGCUGUGCUCCCCUUAUCCCUACAGUGGGAUGAGCCAGGUGAUGACUUUGUACCCCAGUAUCCAGGAAAAGGGCACUGGAGCACCUCCCCUAUGA